AUGUUGCGUAUUCUCGAGUCGCAAGCGCCGGCGAAGCAAACGGCCACAGACACUAUCAACACCUUGAGCAGUCGUCUCUCCAGUGCGACACUGCUUGAGGAUCGUAGAGCUGCUAUAUUGGGACUGCGAAGCUUUGCUAAGCUCUAUCCCGCCUCAGUCGCUUCAGGAGCAUUACGGGACCUCAUCGCUGGUCUUAGGAGAGAUGGGGAGGAUCCAGACACGCUAAAGGCCGUCCUCGAGACCCUCCUGAUGCUUUUCGACCCAGAUGCAAAGAGCCCAGAAGCCUCCGAAGAUAUACCAUUGUGGCUAGCCGAUGAGUUUACACAGAGGCAGGACAACGUUACCGCCCUCCUCGACCUGCUUGAUACUGGCGAGUUCUACCUUCGAUUAUAUUCUCUCCAGAUCCUCUCACAAAUAUGCGCCGCUCGGUCGCAAAGGACUCAAGAAGCUAUAUUCUCAGCACCAUUGGGUGUGUCACGAAUCACUUCGGUUCUAGACGACAGAAGAGAAGCUGUGCGAAAUGAGGCAUUGCUCUUGCUUGUGGCUCUGACUCCAACGUCCGCCGAAUUGCAAAAGGUUGUUGCUUUUGAGAACGCUUUCGAUCGAGUAUUUGCUAUGAUAGAUGCUGAGGCAGGGCUGACUCAUGGGACAACCAUUGUGCAGGAUUGUCUUUCGCUGUUGGGAAACCUGCUGAAGCUCAACCCCUCGAAUCAAGCAUACUUCAGAGAGAUUGGCUGCGUCGGUAAGGUCGCAAGACUACUGGCGCAGGUCAUACAAGAAGAGGAGAGUCCUGAUGGAGUUCCAGAAUGGACACGGACACAACGCGAUGUCAACCUCUGGGGACUACUUACUGUGCUGCAACUGUUUCUAGUUCGGGGUUCACAAAGCACAGGGCUGUCCCAGGAUGCUUUCUGGAAGAGUGGUGUAUUAAAACGUGUACUACAGAUUGCUUUUCACGAGACUUUUGGCUCAAAUGUUAGAGCACGAGCUCUGGACACUUGUGCAGGUAUCAUUCGCGGCAAUUCUGAUUUACAGGAGCAGUUUGGCGACCUGGCUGUGCCCGCCGUCCGACAAGUGCAGCAAACCACAAACGGUCGCGCAACACCGAAGGCAAAUUCGGCCAAGUCAGGAGCGAGUACUCCUGCCAACGUCGAGAUGUCCAAUGUGAUCGAGUCACUCCUGGAACUAACUCUAGAGUCAACAGCUACACCAUUCUUCGACGUCCGACUGGCUGCGUGUAAUUGUGUCAAAGCAUUCUUCGAGGGCCACAAUGGCAUUCGUGGCCAUGUUUUACGCAGGGCUAUUGAAGGUCACAGAAUGGGUGAUGAUGCUGUGCCGAAUAUACUCACAGUCCUGCUUGAACCGCCAAAUACUCGAGCCAAUCAAGACCCCUAUCAGCAAUGGAUGGCUGCAGUACUUCUGAUACACCUGCUGGUUGAGAACCCUGAGAACAAGAGUACAGCGCUCAAAGUCUCCGACCGUGAAGCUGAGGCAAGCAGCGAAGACGAAUACGAGGCUGUUACUUUUGUGCAGAGUAUAACAAGCAACGUCGUUGCUGGGGUUCAGCAUCCUGAGGAUGAGAGGGCACUCGUGGGCUACCUGAUGCUACUCUCAACGUGGCUAUUUGAAGAUCCUAACGCAGUUAACGACCUCUUAGACGAGGGGAGCAAUCUUCAAGGUUUGAUAUCAGCAGUCAAAGUGGCUUCGCCCACGAUGCCGUUGGUAGCAGGCUUGUGCACUUUCCUACUUGGAAUCAUAUACGAGUUUUCGACCAGAGACUCCCCCAUCCCGCGUGCCACAUUGCAUAGCGUUCUGCAGAAGGGGUUGACACGCGAAGUCUAUGUUGACCGACUCACUAGACUGCAUCGCGAUCCGGGCUUCGAGGCCUCUGUAAUCAUGAAUGGUGUACAAAAGGGCGUUUCACGAGAAUUGGUUGAUAGCCUACGAGCACAAAUCGAGGAACAGAAAGCAUUACUGGAGUCAUCGGAAAAUGAAUUCGCGACUUUGCGCCAGCAGCUUGAGCAAGAGUCACUGGAACAUCGCAGGACGAAGGAAUCUACAGCUGCCGAGCUAAACAGAAUCAAGCACAUUAAUCAGAGUCUGCAAAACAACCAUGAGGAGGAGACUCAAGCUAUGCAGCAGGAAUUUGCACGGCAACAGAGUGUGUUAAGCAACAUGCAUGGCACAACUCUCACACAGAUGAAGAAGGAACACUCAACCGCUCUCGAGGACCUACAUCGGAAGCACAAAGCUGAAAAAGAUUACCUCGAGCAGAGACGGACUGCCCUAGAACGAGAAGUGGCUAGGCAGAGGGAGGGUAUUGUGAAGCAGCAAGCCGAGAUCGAGAAGGCUGCGAGCCACGCGAGACAUAUACAGAACGAACAGCAAGCAGAAAUCGAGUCCUUGCACAAGAACCUCAAAACUAUUGAGGAGCAGUUAAGCAAAACACGGAAGGAGCACGACUCUGCAUUGCGCUCUGCGAGGACCGAAGUUGGAGACCAACUGCGUGACGCCGAAGCAAGAGCUACAGAGGCUGAGAAGAAGCUCAACGACGCACAGAGUACACUUGAGAGCUCUCAAAACGAGAUUAGAGAGUUGAAGAACCAACUAGCAGACGCUGAAACCCGCGCCAGUAGCAUAGAGGCCACUUUAAAACCGUUGCAGGCCAACUUUGCAAAGACCAAAUCCGAGAAGGACGAGUUGCAUACUCGACUCCAGACCAUGAACUCAGAUGUCGAGAAAUUGAAGGCCGAAAAUACGAACCUCCAGUCACAGUUGUCAAGCACGACCCAAGAACUCGAAGCUGCUAAAUCUGCAGCGAAGACGGCAUCUAACCAAGCUACAGAGCCAGACAUAGAUCCCAGAGAGCUUGAAGAGUUGAGAGCUGCUGCAGCGAAGCAGAAAGACGUACAGACCGAGCUGGAUGAUUUACUUGUUGUGUUUGCGGACCUCGAAGCGAAACGGGCUGCCGACAAGAAGAGGCUCAAAGAUCUUGGGGAAGAGGUUAGUGAAGAUGAAGACGAUGAAGCUGGAGAUGUCGACGAGGAUGGUGAAGAGGAUGAAGAGAAUACUGAUUAA